GAAGUUACUGUCCUGACACAGCCAACAAGGAAGAGAACGGAGGAGGAGUGCUGUUUGACAAAACGAGAAUGGAAGAAAGAACAGAAGAAGCGAGCCCAACUCCGAUACUCUCAUUGCACCAUGUGUCCAGGCUAUGCAGAGACGUUAAGCACUCCAUUGAUUUCUACACCAAGGUUCUUGGUUUUGUGUUAGUCGAAAGAACGCUAGCUUUAGAUUUCGACGGCGCAUGGCUGUUCAAUUAUGGUGUGGGGAUUCACCUGGUGCAGUCAAAGGAUGAGGACAGGUUGCCUUCCGACACCGACCAUUUGGAUCUCAAGGAUAACCAUAUUUCUUUCCAGUGUGAAGCCAUGGAAGAAACGGAGCGAAGGUUGAAAGAGUUCAACACGAAGUACAUCAAGAGGACGAUAGAGGAUGAAAGCGGGACUAAGAUCGACCAGCUCUUCUUCAACGACCCAGACGGAUUCAUGGUCGAAAUAUGCAACUGUGAGGAUCUUAAGCUUGUUCCUGCAGGUUCAGUGGGCAAGAUAAAGCUCCCAUCUAAUCACCACAACCCGCCGCUGGACUUGGACAAUGAUGUUGAUGAUGAUAAUGGAGCAAAUCCCAAGUAGGGAAAUGAAAACAUGUACUGGAUUAAUUGCAGCAGAGUUAGGCUACUGAUUUGUAUUCUGCAGCUCUAUGCCUUCACCUUCAUGGUUUUCAUAAGAUAACUGCAUUUUUUUCCCUUUCUGUUACUGCAUUUACUUGAAUUACUCUCAAGAAAAAUCAAAUUACAUGUAAAAGAAAAACUAUCAGGAAG